AUGGACGAGUUUGAUCUACCAAGUGACGAGAGUGACGAUGGCAUGCACAAUGAGGCGUCUGGCGAUGAGGAUGAACUAAACUACCUUCCUGUACGACGAUCAAGGCGGAGUGGGAGCUCGGCCAAACCCAAGCCUUUGGGCAAUGCCCGCGAUAAGUCCAAACUCAACAAUCAAAAGCAAAAGACACGGCGGUCCAAGUCUGCACCACCUGCGAAGCCGGCAGAUGCACAGCAGCCGAAAAGACGAUCGCGAUCGCGCAAAAGUGGAGAUGUCGACAAGGAGAAUGAGCAGCACGAGUCUCCACGAUCGUCCUCGCCCUUAUCCUCUCCACCUGAUACAGAGGCCUCCGAGUCCGAAGCAGAAGUGCCACCGCGUCGUUACAUGAGCGAAGAGUUGCGAGCGGCGGCAAAGAAAUUUGCCGAGGUUGAUAAGUGGGAGAUGGAGUUUGAAGACGUCUCUGCGUCGGAAGUAUAA